CAAUGAAGGACCCACGAAUUGAACGUGCUAUGGGUUUGUGCAAAAAGCUUGUGGGGUGUUUCAGCUACAGUUGGAGGAGGAAGAGGGAGCUUUCCGAGGCACAAAAACAACUCUGUUUACCAGACCACAAGCUCAAGACGGAGUGUUCCAAAAGGUGGGGAUCUAGGCAAGCUAUGGUGAGGAGAAUACUUGAGCAGCAAGCUGCCAUCACCCAUGUCCUGUCUUCUGACCGCAAGGCUAGGCACCUCUUGCCAACAUGGCAAGACCUGGAGGUCCUGGAGGCUGUGGACAAGACUCUUACCCCAUUAGCAGACUUCACAGAUGCUCUUUCAGGAGAGCAGUAUGUCAGUGUCUCUUCUGUGAAACCUGCUCUCCACCUUUUCCAGUCUUCUGUUUUGGCUCUUAAGGAAGAUGAAUCUGACCUUAUUUGCACAAUCAAAUCAAAGAUUGUGGGGUAUCUGGAGGAAAAAUAUAAUGACCAAAAAACACAAGACCUCCUUGACAUAGCCACAACCCUCGACCCCAGGUUUAAGAUGACUUACGUCAAUGAAGAUAACAAAACUGCUGUCCAAAACAAACUACAAGAUGAGAUGUCAAAGCUAAAAACAGUUGAGGAAAGUCUCCCUAUUACAACUAGCAGUAGCAGUUCUGCAAAGAAGACUCGAAAGACCUUAGGGAGCUUCUUCAAAGCAGCACAAAGCAACACAGGGCCAACAGAUCCAGCCUCACAGCAACAACAAUCCGUCAGCAUGGAGCUACAGUCUUACCUGUUCUUAAGCAACGCUGACAGUGAAGUUGAUCCAUUAGUAUGGUGGAAGGCUCACAAGGAGCAGUAUCCAAGAUUGUCUUCACUGGCCAGGAAAUACCUUUGCAUUCCUGCAACCAGUUCCCCUUCUGAAAGGGUUUUCAGCACAGGAGGCAACAUUGUCUCUUGUCGCCGUUCUGCACUGAAGCCACAAAAUGUUGAUAGGCUAGUGUUUCUAGCAAAGAAUCUUUAAAUUGCUUUACUCUGACCUAAUACUUUUGUAUAUAUUUUUUUAUGUUUAAUGGUGAUUUUUUUCUUUACAUUAUUACAUUAUUUUACAUUACAUUUCUUUAAAUUUAAAGUAAAGAGUAUUGUGUC